AUGCCGAACAGAAAUCCAGGGGCCGUGGCGCAGGACUGGGAACCGGUAGUUCUCCACAAGGCCCGGCCCAAAGCGCAGGACCUUCGCGACCCCAAGGCCGUGAACCAGGCUCUACGAACCGGAGGUCAGGUCCAAACAAUCAAAAAAUUCGACGCCGGGUCGAACAAGAAGCAUGUGGCGACGGACCUGAACGCGAGGAAGCUGGAUGAAGCAGCCGAGCCGGCGGCUCUGGAGCGAGUCUCAGUAGAGGUAAGGCAGGCAAUACAGAAGGCUCGGAUCGCAAAGAAGAUGAGCCAAGCCGAGCUGGCUAAGCAGAUCAAUGAGCGGCCACAGGUGGUUCAAGAGUAUGAGAAUGGGAAGGCUGUGCCGAGCCAAGCUGUGCUGGCGAAAAUGGAGAGAGUCUUGGGUGUGAAGCUGAGAGGGAAAGUUGUACAUAAAUGA